AUGCCAAAAGGAAAGGGAAUUGAGUGGACUCCUGAGGAAGCUGACCUGUUGCUCGAACUUCUUCUAGAAUGUGUGCAUAACGGUACCAUUGUCAGAGGGACCGUGACCAAAAAUACAUGGGUGGAUCUGACCGAGAAAAUGAAUGCGAGGGCCACUAGGGUUUUUACCCCUAGCCAGCUAUCGACGAAGUACAACAAGUUUCGUAAAGACCACACAGACUUCUCAGGCCUGUUAAAUCAUGAAACCGGUUUCGGGUGGGACCCUAUAUUGAACACCGUCAGCGGGACCCCGACGCAAUGGGAGCGUGCCAAGAUGGUCGAUGAUAGAAUCACACGCUUCAAGUCAAAGGGGUGCCGUAACUAUGAGCAGCUGGGGAUCCUUUUCGAUCGGUCCCCCGCCGAUCCUCCGCACAUUCCCCGCCUAACGCCGAGGAGGAAGAACAUCUCAUGCACCGCAUUUGUUGACCUCGACAGUCCUCAUGAUGAUGAGGCCGGUGGACCUUCAUCUGGUGGAGGUAGGCGCAGGGGGAAAGAGCCGAUGGUGGAGGAUACACCAUCUGACCUGGCGCGGGAUAUUGGACUGGGUGUCAAUAUGGGAUCUACACAAAAAGGAUCUUCGGGCAAAAAAGGAUCCAAGCAAACGAAAAGCCAGAUGGUGGCUUCGAAGAAAGCUUUGUACGACGAGUUAAAGGAGAUGGCAAAGGCAAGGAAAGACAUCUUGCUUCGGCGGAGUCAGUCGGAUAUGAGUUCCACACAACAGCACAGCACUGCCAGAUCCGCACUCCCGAUGGAUUGGGCUCUCGACUUCCUAGACGAGUUGCAGCAUGAGGUCAGUGACGAAGUGUACGUAGCUGCAACAGUUGCUCUGAUGGAUGAACAACUUCAAGCCGCGUGGAUCCGCAUGACAAGAGCACGUAGAUUGAUCUGGCUAAAAAAGCAGAAGCCCCUUGAUGACUGA